GUUUGUUGUGAAAUGAGCAUAAUUCAAAAUGAAGGUCCCCUUAGUAUUGUUGGUAGUUGGCAUCUGUGCCGUGUGUCAAGGAGAUUUGAUGUCGGAAAUUGGAAAUAUGGUAAAUUCGACUCUCGGUGAUAUUAUGCCAGGCCAAUGUGUAACAAACUUGACUGAAUGUCUAAAUUCAUCAUUAACAAAUUACCAAUCAACAACGGUGCAGAAUAGAGGAUUGAUCAGGGUGCUGUCAGAAGUUAUAAGUUGCUUAUUCUCAACAUUGCAUUGCUUAUUUUUUGACUUCAGAUCUCUGCUACUUCCAAUUUUUGACAUGACAGAAAUAUUACCAUGAUGAAAUAAAUUUGAAAAAAUGAUACAUAUUUCAUAUGGAAAUAUAUAUAUGGGAAAACA